AUGGCGACAAGCGGAUCAUUAGACGAGCAGGGAGAUUGGCCGGUCCCUUCAUCAACGUGGAUCGACAAGGUGCUCUUCCUCGGCACAGGCACCAGCGGUCAGGUACCGGCGAUUCACUGCGUCACCAAACCCGACUUUGGCGACUGCGCGGCUUGCAAGGACGCUACCCUCAAUCCGACCGGCAAGAAUCGUAGAGGCUGUACUGCUGCAGCUAUCGUAGGACGCGAUGCCGCCGACAAGCAGGACAGCACCAUCUUGAUCGACUGUGGCAAGACUUUCUACUCGAACGCCGUCGUCCACUUCCCGCGCAACGGCAUCCGCUCCAUUAGAGCUGUGCUGCUCACACAUGCCCACGCUGAUGCGAUCCUCGGCCUGGACGAUCUAAGAGCAUGGACUAUGGGCGGAGUCAUCCAGCGACAUGUAGACAUCUACCUCACCCAAGAAUGCAUGACCGUCGUAGAGGGCAUGUUUCCGUACCUCGUCGACCGAUCCAAAUCGACAGGUGGCGGUGAUGUGCCCACGCUUCGAUGGCAUAUCAUCCACCAGGACGCGCCUUUCACCAUCCCAGCUUCCGAGGGCCGCAAGGAGGUCCGCGUACAGCCACUUCCUGUACUUCACGGCUACGUUGGCCGAUCAUCGCCAUUCUGGUGCCUCGGCUUCCGCAUCGACACCUUCAGCUACAUCAGCGACUGCCAUGAGAUCCCCUCCGCCACUCUCGAGCACAUGCGGGGCAGUCAAGCCAUCGUCAUGGACGCCCUCAAGAUGGACCGGCAUCUCUCUCACUUUUCUUUCGCGCAGGCGCUUUCCUUCUUCGCAUCCUUCUCGCCACCACCCGCGCUCGGUCUUCUCACCGACUUUACACAUCGCAUAGAGCACUGCGACACGCAAGAGCUUGUUGACGACUGGAGAUAUGGCAUGAUGGCUGCGCAGCUGGAAGGCAAGGCGAGGCAGACCAAGGACGUCGGUGAAGGUGGCGAGAAUAAGUGGUGGGCCGACAUCUGGGACGAGCAGAGCAACGAACGGAACAUGACAAUACGUCUCAAGCAUGCCACGGACUCUUCAAUGAGGAAAAGGACGCAAGUGGGGUGCAGCACUAUGUGCCGCCCAUCAAGCUCAGCUGGGAUGGUCUUGUUGUUCGUUUCAAUCCUAGGCGGCAGUAGAGCUGUGCAACAGGCAUAG